AUGGUCGAAACAUCUCACUUGAACAACAGCAGCGAGAGCUCCAACGCCGAGAACGUGAGCAACAACCAGAGGACCGAGCAGGAGACGGACCUCCUAGAUUACAGCGAGGCGAUGACCAGAGAUACUCCUUCAGCCCCGCUGCAGCCGAGCGGCUUUGAAGGCUUAGGCUCCAGUCUGCCAUCAGUUACCGGCACCGCUACGAGACCACAGGUGGCAGAAACUUUGAGGUCGGAGCAAGGAAUUUCACCUGCCUUAAUCAACUCGAGGGCAACAUCCCUAGCGCUAGAGACCGCGUCCAACCGAUUGACUCCGGUACCUCGCCCCGUAGACAGACUAGUUUUCCCGGUCAAUUCGACUACCGUGACGGGUCGGUCGAUACUAGCUCCGACCCCCCUUCUACCAAAUCCGAACCGAUUCCCAGCCUUGAGUCCCUCUCCAGCCCCACUCGGCUUAGACGACAUCAUAGUGGACAACCAGGAGCUCGAGACGGUAAUCCACCUCUUCAACGAGCAAUGGAACACCUUCGUCCAAGCUCGAGAAAGUCAGAACACGCAAUUGAUGAGAAUGGCCCUGGUCCAAGCGAUAUCCAGCCAGGAAGAAAUCAGAUUACUAGCUGGUGGAGCGGAGAUGCUCAGAAUUUGCGAAAACUGGAUAGCGAGGGAAGAGUUAGCGGAUCUAGAGAGGUCAGAGGCGGCAACUCGAAGUCAGGCAACCCAACGCCUAGCUAUAACGCAAACGGCCCACCAACAUACAAUCAGCCCAUCCCCAGCCCCUCAGCGUUCAAUACGCCAGUCCUCCGACGUGACGUACCUGGGUACUGGCCAGGUACAGCAGCAAUCAAACCCGCCACCGUCUACUCCACACCCGUCGGAGGUUGCGCGACCAACGCAACAUUACCAGCAGCAGCCCCUCAAUCACUAUCAACAGAGAGGCUACCACAACCUCAACAAGAGAGGAAACUGGAGAGGAUCCGGGAGGAACAGGAGACGCCCCCAAGACCAGACGACGAGACUACUCGAAGUAGGGGAAUACUUGAUGAGAGCCGAGAGGAUCGCCGGCAGAGUGUUCAGGGACCAUGCCAGAGGGAGGGGAAGAGGAAGCAGGAGACGAGGUCCCCCUCGACAAGAAGAACCCCCAGCGGAACACCACCAGUAA